AGUCCACUACCACUGGGUUUUCAAAUUUACAAUUUCCCACGAGGGAGAGAGCCCAAGAAAAUUUUCUGUUUGUUUCUCGGGAAAAAAAAUGGCGGCGCCUAAGUUAUCGUACGAGGAGUCUCGCCGGCAGCGAAUGGAGGAAAACAAGAAGAGAAUGGAAGCUCUGAAUCUGCCUAUGCUUGCUCAAUCUCUUAAAAAAAACUCAAAUUCUCCAAAACCCUCCCCUAUGAAGCGCGCGAAGGCCCGCACGGUGGAGAAGCAGUUGGUGGAGGUGAGGAGGUCCUCCCGGGUGGCAAAUCUUCCGACCCCAGUCUACAAAGAAGUGGUUGUGGUGGAUCGGGAGAUGAGGCCCAGAAGGUAUUCUACUAAUAGACAUAGGGAUUUGUCGAACCGGGUUUAUGCUUCGGAUGAGGCCAGAGAUGACGCCACUGCGAGAGCUGAGGCAUUAGAGUCCGGUUUGGGAUCCAGUUACCCGACCAUGGUGAAACCGAUGCUGCAAUCCCAUGUCACCGGUGGAUUCUGGCUGGGUCUUCCAAAAUAUUUCUGCAGCAAGAACCUCCCGAAACGUGAUGAUAUUGUGACUUUGAUAGAUGAGGAUGAGGAUGAGUGCGAGGUUAUAUACUUGGCUGAGAAAAGAGGACUCAGUGGUGGAUGGAGAGGGUUCGCAAUUGAUCAUGGUUUGGUGGAUGGGGAUGCAUUGGUCUUUCAACGAAUUCGGCCUAAAACACUCAAGGUGUACAUUAUAAGGGUGGAAAGAGCUGAAUAAGGCUACAAGCUUUAACUAUUGUCAAUGUUGGGUUUUUUGUGGUCAUUGUUGCUGAGAUAAAAAGGAUUUUGGACAGACUCUGUUCAGCGACGAGCUUUAUUUGUUUCGAGAAAAUUACAUGUUUUUUUGUGUGUAAUAGAAACUACCAAGGGAGCCUUGUAGGGUUAGCGAUGAAGCAAUCGUCUGCAAUCAUAUUUUUGAAUGUUCUCCGGUGUCCCUUUAAGACCUGUAUGAAGAACUCAUGAAACGAACAAAUAUGAAUGAACAUCCGAGUUACUCUUA